CGCAGUUUCGCAGCCAGCCUGGAGAGACGGAGACAGACAGGGAGGGAGGGAGAAGGCGCACCAAGAGAGAGUAGCUGCUGCCGUCGCCGCUGAUCGCAAAGCGUGCGCCCCCCUCCUCCUUUCCAGCGCUCGCUUUUCCCCCCCAUCCCCUGACAGCCCCCUGUUUCAAAGGGGGGAAAAGGGAAGAGGGUAAAAGAGCAAUAAACCCGAAAGGCAAGAAGUAGGAGGGUGGGGGGCGCGGGAAACAAUGGAGGUGCCUCGCCUGGAUCACCAUAUGAGCAGCCCGAGCAGCCCCUGCGAGGAUGUCAUCAAGAACCUCAGCUUGGAGGCGAUCCAGCUCUGCGAUAGGGACGGGAACAAAUCGCAAGACAGUGGAAUUGCAGAGAUGGAGGAGCUUCCGGUUCCGCACAACAUCAAAAUCAGCAACAUCACCUGUGAUUCCUUCAAGAUUUCAUGGGACAUGGAUUCCAAGUCCAAGGAACGCAUCACUCACUACUUCAUCGAUCUAAAUAAGAAAGAGAACAAGAAUUCCAACAAAUUUAAGCACAAGGAUGUACCCACAAAACUAGUGGCAAAGGCUGUUCCCCUGCCCAUGACUGUCCGUGGACAUUGGUUCCUGAGUCCAAGAACUGAGUACACCGUUGCCGUGCAAACUGCAUCAAAGCAAGUUGAUGGUGAUUACAUGGUUUCAGAAUGGAGCGAAAUCAUAGAAUUUUGUACAGGAGAUUAUUCAAAGGUCCACUUAACACAGCUUUUGGAAAAGGCGGAAGUGAUUGCAGGGCGCAUGCUUAAAUUUUCUGUGUUUUAUCGGAACCAGCACAAGGAAUACUUUGACUACAUCAGAGAGCAGCACGGGAGCGCUCUGCAGCCUUCAGUCAAGGAUAACAGCGGGAGCCACGGCUCUCCCAUCAGCGGGAAGCUGGAGGGCAUCUUCUUCAGCUGCCACACCGAAUUCAACACCGGGAAGCCCCCACAGGAUUCGCCCUACGGAAGAUACAGGUUUGAGAUAGCGGCAGAAAAACUUUUCAACCCAAAUACUAACUUGUACUUUGGGGACUUCUACUGCAUGUACACAGCCUACCACUAUGUCAUCCUCGUCCUCGCGCCCGCCGGGUCGCCAGGAGACGAGUUCUGUAAGCAGCGCCUCCCUCAGCUCAACUUGCAGGAUAACAAAUUUCUGACCUGCACUGAAGAAGACGGGGCGAUGAUCUACCACCACGCGCAGGAUGUAAUCUUGGAAGUGAUUUACACUGACCCUGUGGAUCUCUCCCUCGGCACCGUUGCGGAAAUCACAGGCCACCAGCUAAUGAGCUCGUCAACGGCCAAUGCUAAGAAAGAUCCCAGCUGCAAGACGUGUAACAUCAGUGUUGGACGUUAAUUCGGUGGUUCUCUCCCCCCCCCCAACUCUUCCUUAGGAGCCUUCUCUGUGGCCUAUUCCCCAUUGCCAUCCAUUCUCAUCAGACGCAUGCAUAAUGCCGUUCUUACCAAGAGCAAACACCAGUGAUCAAAUUCCUCAAUAGUCAUCUUCAAGCAGAGCUUAACAAUGCAGCUGGCACAGAGCAGCCCUACCACCACCACCAUGGCACCCUGUGUCCAGAUUUUCCCCUUCCCCAGUGUAAUAUUUAGGGCAGGCACACUCACCCCAUGUUGUGUUGUCCUCAUGUUUCUGUAGCCUCCUGUCCACAUUCAAAAACCGUUGGUGGGCAGCACUUAGCAUGAUGGCAAAUUGCAACUCAGGUAAGUGUGCCCAAGCGUUGUCGGGGAGAGUGACCAUCCAACCUGGGCAUGAUGUCAUUGGCAGCACUGUAGCCAGUGAAGCAUGUAGUUCUGCCCUUAGUAUAUAUUCCUUACCUUCUUGGUCCACCAGUGCUUGUCAACUGUUAGGAAUCUUGGUUUUUUUCUUUCUAGCAACCAUUUAUAUAUCUAGAUGCUGCAAUUGGUGUUCCAUUUUC